AUGAGCGACUCGCGCGAUACAGAUCGGAAGCACCCCACGCCACAGGAAUUUGCUGCCUUCCUGGGCUGCCUCGGGCAGAAUUUGAACUCCCUGUCUUUGUUUAAUUCUGGCGGGAUCUUCACUUCAAAGACCUUUGAAGCCUUUUGGGCGCUGACAAACCUCACAUACCUCGCCUUGUCACGCCACCGCGCCUACAUAGAUAUGGAGGACUUUGAGAGAGGCAUGCAGCACCUCAAGAAACUCAAGAGCUUCCAAUUGUCGUCUGAGGAGGUCGUGGAGAAUCCUCCGGUAGGACUUGCAUUUCGGGGCCUGCAGAGUUUCCCAAAAGUGCUGUGCUCCCUCACCACUCUGGAGACCUUGUACCUGUCAGCCCAGCAGCUCAGGCGCAUUCCACAGGAGAUCUCACAGCUCACACGGCUCAACACCCUCGAAAUUGAUGGGGGUUGUGGGCUGGAGCUCAGGCUGGGGCACCUGCCAUCAGCGCUAGCCAGGCUGCCCUCACUGGCAUUCCUGGGACUUCAUGGUACGCUGACUAGCUUGGAAGGCCCAGAUCCGGGUCCAGAGCUUCCCUAUGAUGCUCACAUCGACGCACCAGGCAAUUGGCAGCAACUGGCAAAGCUUAAAAGCUUCUCUUUCAGUCCCAUGACGUGCUGCAUCGGCCCCAACUGCCCAUGUCUACCCCCAGAGGUGGAAUUAAUGACAGCAGUGCAGGCAAUUGCACUGUACGGCUAUGUCAGGCAAGGCGAAGCACAGGAGCCGGACUUGAGUAAUUUAAGAAACCUGACGAAACUGGAGUUUUACACUUCAGUGUUCCCUAAGUUCCCCGCAUGGACGGCCGGAAUUCCCUCGCUGCACUAUCUCAGGAUACAUGGAAAUUCAGAAGACUGGCAAGUCCCAGAGGGCUUUGCGGCCCUGCAGAACCUCACGGUCACCUUGAGUAAUCUCAGGGAGGUGCCGGACUCUUUUGGCGGGUUGACAAUGCUAACGAGGCUGGAACUGUCAGACUGCAAGGUGGCCAAAAUAAGCCCCAGCAUCUCAAAGCUCACUCGCCUGCGUGACCUUAAUCUGAAAGGCAAUUACCUGUACCCAGAGGUGCCUCAGGAGCUUAGUAAGCUGACCUGGCUGCACACGCUCUACCUGCGCGGCAACAUGGCUCGCAGGACAAAGGCCGUGAAAGUUCACAAGGACGGUAGCGGCAAUGCAUUGCUGCCCAAGAUGGCAGCCACUGAGGGCAGCCUCCGGUGGCUGCUGAAGUGCCCAGACAUGCAGCAGGUGUUUUUAGAUGUCACAAGGGAAGAGAGGGACAAGCUGAGGAAGUUUCGGCAGGAGAUGCGGAACGCAUUCCAUGGCCGACCAGUGCUCUCAUUGAGGCUCUCAGCGCCUUACAUCUGA